GUUGUUGACUUGUGUUCAACCCGUCGUCUGCUUUCUUUAUCUUACGUGAUAAUUAAGGAGAUAUUUGUCUCGUUGUUGUUGUCUUUACCCACAAUGGAACCUCUAGACUUUUCUGAGCUAGCGGAGGGUACUUUCAACAGUUACCAGGGGACUGUACGAGAGCGUGCGAGUGAUUCUUUACAGGAACUUAAACACACAUUCAGCACUCCCUUCCCAGGACCAGGGUCGCUCAAACCACCUCUGUCGGCAAGCCCACGGUACCAUCCAUCACCCCGAUUAGAUCAUGGAUCACUCAGGCAGACAAGGAGAGAUCACAACAGUGCUGUACAGAGACUCAAAGGGAUGCUACAACAACAGCAGCCACAGCAGGUGCCGAUGAUGACACCUUUACAACUCCAUGAGACGCCCAGGACUCACAUGUAUUCUUCUGCACCUGGACCUAGACUAGAUUUGAAGAGAUCUGCAGGUAUAAGCCCCUCAGUAUCUGCUGGUGUUGGAGGAGGAGGUUCACAUCCUGCAGAGGAUGCACCCAGACUUGAAGAUAUUCUACCGUUUAUGAGCAGCCAGAGUGCUUACAUACAGCAGCUGGAAGGAGAAAAUGUCUUCUGUAAGGAUGAGCUUGCCUCUUUAAGGGUCAAGAUACAGAGUGUUGUAGAUGAUAACAUCCGGCUCCAUGAGGAACUGAAAACAUCAGUGGUUCAACUUGCACUUGGACAGGGUAUGAAUCAGGGGGAUAAAGAUGACAAGAAAGAUACAACUCAGUCUACUGGUGGUCCAUCUCACAUGAAUCCAGACACUCCUAUGGAUAAGAAUUCCUACAGUAGAUGGGCACAAGAGCUGGAACAAAUGAAGUCUCUACAUGAAGCAAAAACAAACCGACUGGAAGCACAGCUAUCGUAUACAAGGUCAGAGCUUGAUAAAUACGAGAGACAGUGUGAUGAGUUACGCUCUAAGCUGCGCAUGGCAGAGACUGUUAGUCUGAUGGGAAGAGAUGAAAGUGAAGUACAGAAGGGUCUAUGCAUCAAAUGUGCACAACAUGAAUCUGUGAUUGCAUCCACGCAUGGGAGCGCUCAUGUCAAAGCAAUGGAACGAGUUACAAGUGAGAGAGAUGAGUUGAUGGAUACAUUGGGGAGAUUGAAGGCAUCAAUGAAUGACUUGAAGGAAAGAGAAGCCAAUGCAUAUCAUCAGGUCAAACAGAGUGUCACUAUGGUAGAACAGGCACAGCUGGAGAAAACGGAGCUUCUUGUACAACGAGAGCAAGUGAAGGAAGAUCAGCUCCGUCUUCAGCAGAGGAUGGAGGAGAUGAUAUUAGACCAUCAACGUAAACUCCUCCAGGAGAGAGAAUUUACCAGAAAGGAAAGCAAGCAUGAACUAGAACAACUCAGCCACAAGGUUGCUAAACUGACCGAAGAGCUCGGCUCAGCAAAUAACCAAGUCGAUCGUGUGACCAGAGAGAAAGUGGCCAUCAUGUCCGAGCUGGAACAAUACAAGAGCCAAAUCAUGCAACACAGUAGUGAGAUCAGUCAGGUAUCUCAGGGUAUACACCUGUCCACAGCUACUGCUAAGGUACAGAGAGAUGAAGCUCUAAGACAGCUAGAGAGAUUGAGACAUUCUACAGAGAGAGAAAUCAGAGAUAGAGAACAGGACAUUGUUCGCCUAAGAAAAGAGUUAAGUGACGUUAGACGACGGCUAGAGACAGCAGAGAAAGAUUCUACUAUCAGCAGAGAGGAGUGCAUCAAACUAACAGAGAAACUCAACACUGUGGAGAAAGAGGCUAGCCAGAUGAAGAUAUCCCGAGACACGUUAGAGAGGAGUAGUCAGGAUGAGGUGAAGAGAGUGACGAGGCAGUCGCAGAACAAACAGAUGGAAUUACAGCAGACAGUGCAUGAACUGGAAUCCAAAUACUCUCUGACAGUGACGGAAUUAGAAGAAAUGAUUUCUAACCAGAGCUCCUUGAUCAACAAACUGAGAGGGGAGGGACGCACUCUCACUGAGCAGAUUGAUCAGAUUAGUAAUAAGUACAGGACUGAAAUCCGUCGGUUGAAGCAGAGUAAUGCAGAGCUGAGUAGCCGGACAGACAGACUGGCUGGCCAACAUGCAGAGAUGGAGACCCAGUGCAUGGAUCAUGGGCAAAUGCACCGUAAGAUGACCAGCAGACUGCAGACAAUGGAGGAUCAUGCACAAAAAAGCGCCCAACAGGUUUAUGAGCUACUCCAACAGCAAGAAACCCUGAUGCAAGACAGACAGCUAAUGUCAAAGGAGCUGGAGUUUCUACGUUCCCAGCAGACUGCUGCAAUGGCCUCGUCCAGGAAGUUUGCGGUUGACCUUGACAUGACCCCUGAACUUGACUUGAAUGUAAGAACUGAAAACCAGAGCCACAGUUACAAUGGCUGAAUCAAGGUGAUGCAAGAUGAAUAUGAUUUGAAAUAGUGCAUGGUAAAUGUAAAAUUUGCAGGAACACUUGAACAUGUAUCUCUUUAAAAAAAUCUAAUCAAAGUCAAAGAAUUGUUGUUAAUUUUGGUUUUACUCUCACAGUUCCAUUGAUGUGUGUAAUCACUGUAUAUUCACUAUUUUCCUGACUUCUGCGGAAAAAAAAUCGAAGUACACGUCAGUGUAGGGGUAAAACCAAAAUUAAUUAUCUUAAUCCCGACGCAAAUUUAACAUCUAUUAAUGAAUUUUUACCUUUUUAAACAAUGUAUGUACAGUGUUACAGGAAGGAUUUAUUCUUGUUUUAAAUAAUUUUAGAAUUCAAA